AUGGCGUUAAACAAGAUCGGAGAUGAUAAUCUCUAUAUCGGCGGCGUAGACGAGGAGCAGUUUAAGGGCUUCAAGAAACACUUACUUAUCCCGGUCGAUGAUAUCGACGAUGAAGAUCUGUUGCAGCAUUUCCCAACCACUAAUGAGUUUAUUCGAUCUGGGCUUGAAAGUGGGGACGGGACGGAAGGAGUGCUCGUUCAUUGUGCAAUGGGCAAGUCCCGGUCGGCGACCAUAUGUAUGGCAUUUCUCCUCCACAGGCAGCCGGGUGCAUUGACGCCCGCGGAGACAUUGGAACUUCUUCGUCGCACACGGCCGCUUUGUGAGCCGAACCGUGGGUUCAUGGAGCAAUUAGAACUCUAUCACCAAAUGGGGUGUCCAGAUAACGUUGUCGAUCACCCCAUGUAUCAACGUUGGCUCUAUCAGCGUGCCGUGCAGGACAGUGUUGCCUGUGGAAAGGGGCCUGAGCUAGAUGAGAUUCAUUUCGAAGACCAACGGACGAAGAAUGCUGAUGCUAACAAUAAGGAACAAGGAAGUGGCACUGAGAUAAAGUGCCGAAAGUGUCGACGACAACUCGCCACACUUCCAUUUAUAAUUCAACAUACCCCGGGGAAAAAUGGUGUCACCUCCCAAACGCAAAUCACCUCGCCGAUUUCAUCACUAGCCCCCUCAUCAUUACCGCCGCCGACGUGUGCUCACAUUUUCCUCCACCCGCUCUCCUGGAUGCGUCCGUCUCUUUUCCCGAAUGCAUCAGACCCGUCCUCUCCCCAGUCUCCACUUGACCCAGACACUAACCCACCGCUGUCCGGCCGCCUUACAUGUCCGACAAAAUCAUGCGGAGCAAAUAUUGGUAAAUUUGCUUGGGCCGGUAUGCCGUGCAGCUGCGGGACAUGGGUUGUUCCCGCAAUAGCUUUGGCAAGGGCGCGGGUUGACAUGUUUGACGCGAGUACGAGAAAGAGCGGUGCGGCUGGAGGUGCGGGUGUUGGGAUUAGGAUGCCUCCAGGUAUGGUUAGACCUCCUGUGGCUGGCACGAGUGGACGGGAAGAUGACGAGGGCGAGAAGGGCCUUUUAUGA